AUGGUGCUCUACCGGGAAUAUCUCCUUCGCGACUAUCAAGCCGGUCAUGGGCCAUACUAUUCCGACCUGCUCUUCUACGACAUGGCGUCGAUAGGGGCGCUGGUCUGCCAAGAUAAAACCGCACCAGAUUUAUUUGAUGUCUUCUAUGAGCGUGAUGGGAAGCUUCUCUACGCGGCGCCGUACCGCAUCUCACACCGCAUCCAACAGCACGGCCUGCCGCCGACGUAUCUCUUACACGGAGAUGCGGAUGCAGCUGUGGGCGUGGAGCAGGCUGAUGAAGUUGCGGGUGCGAUUCUGGGAUGUGGAUUGACGGUUGAAUAUGAAGGCCCUCACGGGGAGGACCACUUUCUGGACAAUGGAGAGGAGUACCAAAAUCCGGCACUAUACAACUUUGUGAUGCAGUAG